GGUCCGAGUUCAGUUGUCGACCAGUUCCCGACCGAGCAAGUUGCCCUCUCUCUAGGAAGAGACUCGCGUGUGUACGAGUGCGGUACGUGUGAAUAUGGAAAAUGGCAGAAGUGCUAGAGGAAGAUCCUAACAACAACAGCCAAGGGGAGAAGAGCUAUUCCCUGCGGCCGAGGACCGCCGUCAAACGGAGCGACGAGGAAGAGGAAGAGACCGUCACCUGGAGGAGGAGACCGAAACGGAGGCAGAAGCCGAAACCGGCCCCUUUGAGCAAGUACAGGAGAAAGACUGCCAACGCCAGGGAGAGGUGUAGGAUGAGGGAGAUCAACGAAGCCUUCGACAGCCUCAGGCGUGCGGUGCCCCAUUCCGAAUCGAGAGGUGAGCAGCCGGAAAAACUGACUAAAAUCUCCACGCUGAGGUUGGCAAUGAAGUACAUCGCCGCUUUGACAGCUGCGUUGUCCGAGCCGCCGCAAGAGAAUCAAAUCUGCCUCCUUCCCCCGACGCCCCCUGUCUCGGAUUCGCCUCUGUCGCCGCCUCCGGACCCGGAAAUCACAUCUUUCACUGAUUUCCAAGACUUCGAUCCGUUCGCGCACACGGCCCUGGAUCUGGACGAUUUCUUCUUCGCGUGAUGCCGAACCCACAGCCACGUCGCGUCAACUGCCUACCUCGAGGUUCAUCGACGACAAACAAAUCUACGCUUAUUCUCAGGCCUUCCCAGUGAACCUCAAGACAUUCCGAAGACCUUUGAAGUUUUGUAAAUAAUAAAUAAGUUCCUAGUGCCAUAAUAGGUCAGUUAAGUUAUAUAAUUAACGUUCAUGUUCUGCUUAUUGUACAAAUUUAGUUUUUUAGCCUAAGUGAUAAACGCUCUACCACACGAGCACGCAAGAGUAUACUCGCUUAUUACUUUUUGUUUCGUAUAUCAAAUAAAAUAUUUAUCGUUGA